AUGGUCGAGACAGUCUAUGGCGGUGGCAAAGGCGCGACGUCGACUCUGUUCGCCGAGGCCGAGAGAUCUCUGCGCUCCCCGAGCCCGUCGCCAUGGUCCGCAACAUCCCCGCCACCGAACGAAGGACCUGCGCGCCCAUCCAUCGUGAUGGACGCGACAAUUUUGGUUGCGAUGCAUGACUUCGAGGCUCGCUCGCCAGACGAGUUGACCCUUCACAAGGGCGAACAGAUAGAAGUGAUCGAGCGCGACGAGGAAUUUAAUGACGGCUGGUACAUGGGUCGAUCACUCGCAACCAACGAAACGGGACUGUUUCCCCAAGUCUACACCACGAACCCUGAUACCACCGUCAUGCACGCCUCUCCGGCAAUUUCCACGUCGUCGUCGGGGGCACCCUCCUCCAACACGAUCGAGGAGCAGCCAACUUCUCCGCCGACUGUUACCCCUGCCGCACUGCAACCACCCAAAUCUGCCCUUCCCGACCUCCAAGAGUCGCACCCAUCUGCUUCUUCGUACUGCGACGCGCACCCCCCCUCUCCAGCGCAUUCUGCCGAUGGUGCGCCGACUAGCGAAACUCCUACCCCGCCAUUGACUGUCGAGAAAGGACGGUCCACACCAUCACCGAAGAGAGCGUCAUCAAUCGGACUGAACGGCAAGAGUCCCGACGAGAACGCGACAAACUUUCCACAGGGGCUACGGAGUCCUGUAGUCGAAGACACUUUGAGCGACAUCGAGGAGGCGCUUUCUGAAAUCACUCAGAAUCGCCGCCACCGUGCCAACAAGGCGAUACGAGACCACAAUCGCCGACACAGCGCAAGCAUGCCUCCCCCAGGCCCCGACACCCGCCUUCCUCACGCUUCCGAGAUGCUGGCCGAUUCAUCGUCCGAAUACUCGAAUCAUGAUCCGUCAGUGGACGUCUUUAGCUCGGACGACGACCACGACGAGCCACUGGACUUGCCCUUCGCAAAUGCGGACGAAGUUCCAUAUACAAAGUUAGAUGUCAUGAAGUGGUCACCUGCCGAUGUUUCCCAGUAUCUACAGAGUCGGCAGAUUCCUCCGGCUUCCUGCAGGCGAUUCGAGGAGGAGGAAGUGACAGGCGCAAUUCUGCUGCAAUUGGAAAUGUCUCAUCUGAAGGAUGAAUUGAAGCUGGGCAGUUUUGGCAAACGGUUCGAAGUGUGGAAGGAAAUCGAGCAUCUGGUCAAGAAUCUCAGACAACCAGCCACAAAACCCCGAAGCGGAAGCGAUGCUGCAGCUCGGCUUUCUACAGUAGGUUUCACAGGCCACAACCGGCAACGCAGCAGUACGGUUGGGACGACCGCGUUGCCCCAGGUCCGCAAUCAACCCAGUCGCCCCCUGUCUCGGCAACACCAGCAGCAGUACCAGAUCAACGUCCAGGAAGCCAACACUUACGAAUCGGGGGCCUCGUCCUUAAAGACACCCGUUACCUCGUCCGCCACCAUCCCAUCCGAGGUGUCCUCCCCCACCUCCCCCAUCUCAGGCAUCUGGGAGAAACCGCGGUCACCGCCUCUUUCUCCUCCACAGGUAGCCAAGAUGAACAGCAUCAGCAUCAUUGCGCCCUCCCCCUCUCCCUCACAGAAGCGACUUUCAGCCCAAACGUCACCGUCUACAGGACUGAACGUCGCCAUGUCAGCAAGCGCAGCCGUGCUCACCGCUGGUGGGAUCGACAACCACUCCCAUCGGCGAGAGUCUUCAUUCGACAAGAGCUGGUUGGGCAGUCUGGUAACCGGACCGCCGCGGCCGGCCACAGCUACCGGCAUGCGCGAGCAAAAGAAGCAUAAGACUCCCCCGAGCGUGGUUACAAGAGAUAGUGUUAUCACUGGCGACGGUGGCGUGGAAUUGACGGAAUCGCCUGUGCAUAUGACGACGGAGCGGAGUUACUUUUCCAGCGGUGAAGCGACAAAGGAACGGAAGGUAUUGCAUAAGAAGAAUACCGUCAGCUCCCAGAGCUCCGCUGAUGGACAGACCAAGCCAGCGAAGGGAAAUACGUCUACUCGCCGACACUCUAGGAUCGCUAGUGCCGGUGCUGAGGCAAUACGGAGAACUUCCGCAUCGACACUGUCGGCGCUGUCAUAUCACAAGAGUGGAAAAGAGAGGAAGAGGAAGAGCAGGUCGUUCAGUGGUGACGUGGGACUUUCGGACUAUGAGCUCGAAGACGCGAGCACGAUUAGCCGAGCGGUAUCGCCUGCGACGUUCGCUGCUGUGCCAUAUGUUAGUCGCUCUCUGACGAACUCCGUCAGAGUCAGAUCCACGAUCGUUGAGAACACCACUCCCCCGGUCUCUCCAGGCAGAACAAGUACAAGCACAGGCGACGGAUCAACUCCUUCCCUGACUGUUACGAUGGACGGCGAUGCAGCCCCAGAUGUACCCGCGAAGGCGGAGCGUCAGAACUCAAAGAAGGUCAAGGACAAGAAGAUCCGCACAGUCUCCUCGGGCUCGGAGCUUCGAAACAAAUCGAAGAAGCAGACGACAGCCUUCCAAAAGGGAUUGCGGGAGAUUACUCCGGCAGAGGCAGCGAAGAAUGGUGAUUACAGCGGAUGGAUGAAGAAGCGUGGAUCCAGCGGGGUAGGAGCGUGGAAGUCCCGCUUUUUUGUGCUCAAUGGGCGUCGGCUCUCCUACUUCUACUCGCUUAAUGAUAAGGUGGAGCAAGGACUGAUCGACAUCACUUCACACAAGGUGUUGUCGGCUACCGAUGAUCGUUUGGUCGGUCUUCACGCAGCCAUCGCAGCCGUCGCGAGUCCUGUCGCAAGUCCGCGCGCUGCUGGUGGCUCGCCGUUAUCGCCGGGCGCCGGUACUCCGGUCUCGCCUGGAACUCCAGCAAAGGAAGACUCACCCAACCCCGCCAAGAAGAAGGAAAAGGACCAGGGCUGGUUCACGUUCAAACUUGUACCGCCUGCGCCCGGCGCCGCAAAGGGUGUCACCUUUACGCAGCCCCGCCUCCACUACUUCGCCACCGACACGCGUGAUGAGGGCAAAAAGUGGAUGGCGGCAAUGAUGAAGGCUACUAUUGACCGCGACGAGACGAAACCGGUCAUCACCAGCUACAACGCCAAGACGAUCUCGCUUAGCAAAGCCCGUGCGUUGCGAGCUAGACCCCCGGAUCUGUCGAGUAAGGAGGAGGGAUUGGGCAUCGCGUUGGACUCGUUGGGCAUUUCCGUUACGGAUAUCGGCGAGGAGGCGGAUGUCGAGGAUGAGGAGGCGGGUGGAGCGAGCAUCAAAAGCAUCCCCGAAGAACCGGAAUCGGAGAUCAAGGAAGACACCGCCACUACUUCGACCACCAGCACCUCCGUCAUCGAAGGGAGUGAGCUGAGUGAACACGCCGUGAUCGACCAUUCAAUGUUCGAGCAGCCGAAUGUCUCGCAGGACGGAAAGCCCGCCGCCGGCAUACUACAGGUACAGGCCAUUGGGAUUGUAGGAUAG